AUGAUGCGCAAGUUUUACCGCAGCAGCCUGUGGCUAACAGGGCAGAGAAUUGAAUCUGAAUUCAGCCCACCGGUGAAGAAAAAGGGAAAUAAUACAAAAUUUCCGCAAUUUUUCACCAUUAAACGGCCCCAGCGCCCGCCAGGAACCAACCCCUAUUUAUAUAGCAAAUUUUCAGUUGUUACUAAGAAUUUCCGCGUAGUAUGCGAUGGCUUUGCUUACCGUGUUAAUGCCAGUGCAAGCGCCCGCAAAAAUGUUUUAGUGCGCUUUUCGGCGAGGCAGCGGCGGGCCGCGCAAAUUAAGAGCGGCAUACGAUAA